GGGCAGUUCUGCGACUACUGCAACUCCCAGGACCCCAGGAAAGCCCAUCCAGUCACCAACGCCAUCGACGGGUCGGAGCGCUGGUGGCAAAGCCCCCCCCUCUCCUCAGGCACGCGGUACAACCAGGUCAAUGUCACCUUGGAUCUGGGGCAGCUCUUCCAUGUGGCCUAUGUUUUAAUCAAAUUCGCCAAUUCUCCCCGCCCUGACCUCUGGGUCUUGGAGAGAUCGGUGGACUUUGGGAGCACCUACUCACCUUGGCAAUAUUUCGCUCAUUCUAAAGCAGACUGUUGGCAACAAUUUGGGCGGGCGGCCAACACGGCCAUCACCCGAGAUGACGACGUGCUCUGCACCACGGACUACUCCCGGGUCGUGCCUUUGGAAAAUGGCGAGGUUGUGGUGUCCUUGAUAAACGGUCGUCCAGGUGCAAGAAACUUCACUUUCUCCAACACCCUGCGGGAGUUCACCCAGGCAACAAACAUCCGCUUGCGCUUUCUCCGAACCAACACACUCCUGGGACACCUCAUCUCCAAAGCACAGCGGGACCCCACCGUCACCAGGCGGUAUUAUUACAGCAUCAAGGACAUCAGCGUUGGUGGGCGCUGUGCGUGCAACGGCCAUGCCGACGUGUGCAGUGCAGACAACCCUGAAAAAGUGUUCCGGUGUGAAUGCCGCCACCACACCUGCGGGGAGACCUGUGACCGCUGCUGUCCCGGGCAUCACCAGAGGCGCUGGCAGCUGGCCACGUGGGGGCACAGCCACGAGUGCGAAGCCUGCAACUGCCAUGGCCACGCUGCCGACUGCUUCUACGACCCGGACGUGGAGCGGCAGCAGGCGAGCCUGGACAUCCGCGGCGUCUAUGCAGGUGGAGGGGUCUGCAUCAACUGUCAGCACAACACGGCGGGCAUAAACUGCGAGCAGUGCGCCAAGGGCUAUUUCCGCCCCCACGGCGUGCCGGUGGAGGCCCCCCACGGCUGCAUCCCUUGCAGCUGCAGCCCUGAGCACGCGGACGGCUGUGAGCCGGGCUCGGGCCGCUGUGCCUGCCGGCCCAACUUCCACGGCGACCACUGCGAGGAGUGCGCCCCCGGCUACCACAACUUCCCGCUCUGCUCCCGAAUUCCUGUUUUCCCUGUUUCUGCUCCAAGUCCAGAAGACCCAGGAGCUGGAGACAUAAAAGGCUGUGACUGUGACUUCGAAGGAGUGCUCCCCGAAAUCUGUGAUGCCCACGGGAGGUGCCUGUGCCGCCCGGGGGUCGAGGGCCCCCGAUGUGCCGCCUGCCGCCAGGGUUUCUACUCGUUCCCCAUCUGCCAAGCCUGCCAGUGCUCUGCCCUCGGCUCCUACCCAACACCCUGUAGCCCAGCGACGGGCCAGUGCGAGUGCCGCCCGGGGAUCGCAGGACGGCGCUGUGACCGGUGUCUCUCGGGCGCCCCUGACUUCCCCCACUGCUCAGAAUGCCGGUGCCACGUGGCGGGGACGGUGAGCGGAAUUGGAGAGUGUGGGCAGCGCGACGGGGACUGUCACUGCAAGCCCCACGUCGGGGGCGAUUCCUGUGACACGUGCGACGAUGGAUAUUUCGCUCUGGAGAAGGGCAGUUACUUCGGGUGUCAAGGGUGUCGGUGUGACGUGGGUGGGGCCGUCACCCCCAUGUGCAGCGGGCCCGCCGGGGUGUGUGUGUGCCGGGAACACGUCGUGGGGAAGGCGUGCCAGCGACCUGAGGACAACCACUACUUCGCGGACUUGCAUCACACGAAGUACGAGCUCGAAGACGGCACCACCCCCAGCGGGAGGGACCUGCGCUUCGGGUUUGACCCCCUGGAGUUCCCUGGGUUCAGCUGGAGAGGAUACGCCCAGAUGACCCCCCUUCAGAACGAGGUGAGGGUCCUGCUGAACGUGGGGCGGUCGAGCCGCUCUCAGUUCCGUGUUGUUCUGCGAUGUGUGAACCCUGGAGCGGAGGCGGUAGCCGGCCUUGUGACUCUUCAUCCGUCCGGGGCGGAGGCAGAUGCUGCUCAGAGCAGAGGGGUCGUCUUCCUGCCCAGCACGGAGCCAGCCUUCAUCUCCGUCCCUGGAAGCGGUCCGGCCGACGCGUUCUCACUGGCACCGGGGAUGUGGGUGGCCUGCAUCAAGGCAGAGGGGGUCCUCCUGGACUACCUGGUGCUGCUCCCCAGGGACUACUACGCGGCCCCCUCGCUGCAGCUGCCCGUCACGGAGCCCUGUGCACGCACGGGCCCUCCCCACGAGAACUGCCUGCUUUACCAGCAGUUGCCACUGGCCCGCUUCCCCUGCACCCUGGCUUGUGAGGCCACACACUUCCUGCUGGAUGGACAGCCAAGACCCGUGGCCCUGAGGCAGCCCAGCCCCGCUCACCCCGUCAUGGCAGACCUCGGCGGCCGAGAGGUGGAACUGCACCUGCCGCUGCGGGUCCCGUGGGCCGGCAGCUACGUGGUCGUGGUCGAGUAUUCCACGGAGGCAGAGCAGAUGUCUGUGGCCGAUGUGCACGUGGGGAGCCCGGGGCCGGGCCUGGCCGGCCAGGUGACCAUCUACAGCUGCCAGCACAGCGUCCUGUGCCGGAGCGCCCUGACCGACGGCCGGGGCCGCCUGGCCACCUACGAGCUGCUUGCUGACGCGGACGUCCGGCUCAGAGUCCGCAGCGCCCGGCUCCUCCUGCAUCAGAUUUGUAUCAUUCCCAUCGAAGAAUUCUCAACGGAAUAUUUGAAACCUCAAGUGAGAUGCAUCGCCAGUUACGGGCCAUUGGCGAACCAAAGGGCCACGUGCCUCUCCGUGUCCCCCGAAACUCCUCCAGCAGCACUGAUUUUGGAUGCCCCACCUGGGGGGCCUCCCCCUCUCCCGCCCCAGGAUCCUUCUCCUUCCACUGAUGUGGUUACUGGCAUCACCAUGGAGGCACCGCAGAGCCAAGUGACCCUGAGAGGACGCGUGCCACGCCCCGGCCGCUACGUCAUCGUCAUCCACUUCUACCAGCCAGCACACCCGGCGUUCCCCGUGGAGGUGUCUGUGGAUGGAGGGCGGCGCUGGCCAGGCGUCUUCCGUGCCUCCUUCUGUCCCCACGUGCUGGGCUGCCAGGACCAGGCCAUCACCGGAGACCAGGCUGAGUUCACCGUCUGGGAGCCAGAGGUGGCUGUGACUGUGAAGGUUCCGGAAGGAAAGUCCUUAGUGCUGGUCCGCAUCCUCCUGGUGCCCGCGGAGAACCACGCCUACCAGAUCCUCCACCGGCAGUCGGUGGACAAGUCCCGCGAGUUCGUCGCCAACUGUGGAGGGAAUAGCUUUUAUAUUGACCCCCAGACGGCCUCCGGGUUCUGUAAGGACUCCGCCAGGUCCCUGGCGGCGCUCUACCAUGAGGGCGCGCUGCCCUGUGAGUGCCACCCCGCCGGUGCUGCUGGCCCUCACUGCAGCCCCGAGGGCGGGCAGUGCCCUUGCCAGCCUGGCGUCAUCGGUCGGCAGUGCACCCGCUGUCAAACGGGCUACUACGGAUUCCCACACUGCAAACCGUGCAGCUGCGGCUGGCGCCCCUGCGAGGAGACGACGGGGCGGUGCCUCUGC